GAUUGUAAUUCCAUCCCCGGGCCGGUCUAGCCUCCCUCCCUCCCUCGGCCAGCAGGUCCCUCCCCGUCGGCUUCUUCCGCCGCCCCUGCCCCUCCCGCCGGAGAAGCCCGGCCGCUCGCAGCCGGCUUCACUCCCGCACGCUGACCUCCUCCCUCCUUGUUCUCCUCCAACGUUCCUGGUCCAGCUCCCUCAGUCUUUCGCCUUCUACGAGAGUCAGAGGAUCCGCAGUGGCCGCUCCCCCCACGUCUCCCAGGAGACGCCCUUUCCCUGUGCGCCCCGGACUUGGUGAAACUUUGCCGGCGCCCGUGGUGAAAUGGAUUUAAUCCCAGGCGUCUUGCUCCAGCUCUUGCUCCUGGUUUCCAGCCUCGGACCCGGCGUGGUGCCGCUCAAAGCAGCUCUCAGAAAACCAGGCAAGGUGGGGCCACCUCUCGAUAUCAUACUGGAUGCAUUGAACUGCACAGCUUUCAGCAUCCAGUGGAAAAUGCCAAGACAUGCUGGGAGCUCCAUCAUGGGCUAUACUGUCUUUUACUCUGAGGUCAGUGAAGAGAAAGCCCUGCAGGAGUGGUCCCACACUGUGCCACUGAGCCUGGAUGCCCCGACCACUGGACGAUUGGAUCAUCAGGUGAUUUUUGAGGAAGUGAUUGGAAAUUUGAAACCAGGCACUGAAUACCGAGUGAGUGUGGCAGCUUUCAGCCAGAUGGGCAAAGGGCGGCUUAGCUUGCCUCAGCGUGUUACCACUUUGCCCCAAGAUUCCUGCCUGCCACCAGCAGCACCCCAGCAGCCGCAUGUCACUGUUGUUUCUGAUUCCGAGGUGGCCCUAUCUUGGAAACCUGGAGAAAGUGAAGGAAGCUCCCCUAUUCAGUACUAUUCUGUGGAAUUCAUCAGGCCAGAUUUGGACAGGAGUUGGACCUUAAUCCAAGAGCGGAUCCAGAUGGAUUCCAUGGUUAUCAAGGGCCUCGAUCCGGAUACCAACUACCAGUUUACCGUGAGGGCCGUGAAUCCCCACGGCUCCAGCCCCCGCAGCCAGCCCAGCGACACCAUCCACACCACCCAAGGCCCUGAGGAGUCAGGAAGUGGGCGCUAUGGACCCCAUUACAUGACCGACACAGAAGGCGGUGAGGAUGGUGACGGAUUUGAAGACGACUUAGAUUUGGAUAUUUCCUUUGAGGAGGUUAAACCGCUUCCUGCUAUCAAAGAAAGGAAUAAGAACUUUUUGGUAGAAUCCAAGAUGGCGCCUAGAUCAAACCCAAUGACCAUUUCCAGGCUUGUCCCCCCUACCCCGGCAUCUCUGCCUAUGACUACGGUGGUUCCCCAGCCCACCCCAGUGGAGAGGAAGGGGAAGACUGGUGUGGCUCUGAUACCCAGGCUCUUUGACAUGUCUUGUGAUGAGACUCUCUGCUCUGCUGACAGCUUCUGUGUCAAUGACUACACCUGGGGGGGCUCUCGAUGCCACUGCAACCUGGGUAAAGGUGGUGAGAGCUGCUCAGAAGAUAUUGUUAUACAGUAUCCUCAGUUCUUUGGCCACUCCUAUGUAACCUUUGAACCUCUGAAGAACUCUUAUCAGGCAUUUCAAAUUACUCUUGAAUUUAGGGCAGAGGCGGAGGAUGGCUUACUGCUCUACUGCGGGGAGAAUGAGCACGGGAGGGGAGAUUUCAUGGCCCUGGCCAUCAUCCGGCGUUCACUCCAGUUCAGGUUUAACUGUGGAACUGGAGUUGCCAUCAUCACGAGUGAGACCAAAAUCAAACUAGGGGCUUGGCAUACCGUUACGCUCUACAGAGAUGGGCUGAAUGGGCUGUUGCAGCUGAACAAUGGUACCCCAGUGACAGGCCAGUCCCAGGGCCAGUACAGUAAAAUUACCUUCCGGACUCCUCUUUAUGUUGGUGGGGCUCCCAGUGUUUACUGGUUGGUGAGAGCAACAGGGACAAACCGAGGCUUUCAAGGCUGUGUACAGUCGCUCACUGUUAAUGGGAAGAGAAUGGACUUGAGGCCCUGGCCCCUGGGGAAAGCGCUCAGCGGGGCCGAUGUGGGGGAAUGCAGCAGUGGGAUCUGUGAUGAAGCCUCCUGCAUUAAUGGUGGCACCUGCACGGCCAGCAAAGCCGACACCUACAUCUGCCUCUGUCCCCUGGGAUUUAGAGGUCGGCACUGUGAAGAUGCUUUUACCUUGACCAUUCCUCAGUUCAGAGAGUCUCUGAGGUCCUACGCUGCCACACCCUGGCCGCUGGAGCCCCGCCAUUACCUUUCAUUCAUGGAGUUUGAGAUGACAUUUCGGCCAGACUCAGAGGAUGGCGUCCUCCUGUACAGCUAUGACACGGGCAGCAAAGACUUCCUGUCCAUCACCAUGGCGGGGGGCCAUGUGGAAUUCCGCUUUGACUGUGGCUCUGGGACAGGUGUGCUCAGGAGUGAAGAGCCCCUCAGCCUCGGCCACUGGCACGACCUGCAUGUGUCUCGAACAGCGAGGAACGGCAUCUUACAGGUGGAUAAGCAGAAGGUAGUGGAGGGGAUGGCGGAGGGAGGCUUCACCCAGAUUAAGUGCAACUCGGACAUUUUCAUUGGUGGGGUACCCAAUUACGACGAUGUGAAGAAGAACUCAGGUGUCUUCAAGCCGUUUAGUGGGAGCAUCCAGAAGAUCAUCCUGAAUGACCGGACCAUCCACGUGAAGCAUGACUUUACCUGGGGAGUGAAUGUGGAGAAUGCAGCUCACCCCUGCGUGGGGUCUCCCUGUGCCCAUGGGGGCAGCUGCCGGCCCAGAAAGGAGGGCUAUGAGUGUGACUGUCCCUUGGGCUUCGAGGGGCUACACUGCCAGAAAGCCAUCACAGAAGCCAUUGAGAUCCCGCAGUUUAUCGGCCGCAGUUACCUGACGUAUGACAACCCAGACAUCCUCAAGAGGGUUUCGGGAUCGAGAUCAAAUGCAUUCAUGAGGUUUAAGACAACUGCCAAAGAUGGCCUAUUGAUGUGGAGGGGAGACAGCCCCAUGAGACCCAACAGCGACUUCAUUUCCUUGGGCCUUCGGGAUGGAGCCCUGGUGUUCAGCUAUAACCUGGGCAGUGGUGUGGCAUCCAUCAUGGUGAACGGCUCAUUCAACGAUGGCCGGUGGCACCGAGUCAAGGCUGUUCGGGAUGGCCAAUCUGGAAAGAUAACUGUGGAUGACUAUGGGGCCAGAACGGGCAAGUCACCUGGCAUGAUGAGGCAGCUCAACAUCAAUGGAGCUCUGUAUGUGGGUGGAAUGAAGGAAAUUGCCCUGCACACUAAUAGGCAGUACAUGCGAGGCCUCGUGGGCUGCAUUUCUCAUUUCACCCUGUCCACUGAUUACCACAUUGCCCUUGUGGAAGACGCCGUGGAUGGGAAAAACAUCAAUACUUGCGGAGCCAAGUAACACCAGCUGGCCUUGCCCGAGGGACUGAGCCUUCUAUCCUGAGAAUCCCGGGGGGGCCCGAGACUGCCUGACGCCACACACAGAGGCACGGGGACCAGGUGUAUUUCCUCUCAGCAAGGAGCAAGUACACCCUGAUGAGAAACGAGGACCGAGACAGGAGCCCCUGUGUGGCCUUUCCUGCUGACACUCCGUGGGCCAAACCCAACGGAAUGCUCUGUGUAGGAAGCAUCAGUUGCCUGUGGAGUGGCUGCCAGAGAUCACACGUCAAGGCGAAUUUCACAGCCUGUCUGCUCUAGCUCAGUGACUGUGUUGUGAUUCAUAGUUCGUUUAAAAAAAAAAAAAAAACAACAGAGAGGGAGACCCAAAGGGCAGUAUUAAAAUACUUCUCUCCUCUCCUGACUCAUGACACUCUUACUGACAGCAGAAUGACUGUGUGACCUUGAACCUGGAAUUUCUCACCUUGGCCCAUGGAUUACUACACUUAACCCCUUCCCGUCCUCACUGACUGGUUCAGCGUGCUCUGACUAUGAAAAUAAGGAUGAAGGGAGACUAGAGAUAUAGAGAUAGAAUCAUAAUUAUAAAGCUGCCCCCCACACCCCCAUGUAGAGUUUACCUUUAAUGCGAAAUCCCUACUUUUUAUAAUGCAAAUCUAAGAAAAUGGGCACCAGGAUUUUGUAGCUGUCCUUUUCUAUGUGUAUAUUUUUAUAGCUACAGAUUGUCUGCACAGUAUACUUUUGCAAGUUCGGGUGGACAACCUUGAACUCUUUGCACCCUUCCUAAGAAUUUUCUCCCACAGGAGACUCCUGUGGGCCCUUUGUGGCAUCAGAGGAGUGGGGUGGGCACCCUGGGGAGCUGCCCCUUCUCUCUCCGUAAAUGAUGAUGGCUCAAGAAGGUGGAUAUGAAACUUCUUCCAAAAUAAGCAGAUGAAAAGGCACAGGUGUGAGCUGAGGUGGGUCACUGUCGUUUGGGUUUUAAGAGUGGGGGUCUGCAGUAACUUGAAUAAAGGAGACGAGGAAGGCUCCAGGA